CCUAAGGCCUAAACACCCCGGGGAAAGGGGGGAAGGGGGAAACGCCACACGGACUCUGGCGAGGGAACACGUGUGCAUGCAACAUGCACACAUUCUGGCCCCGCCUCCGAGAUCCGCCGGGUGGUACCUCUGCGUUCGAUAGUCAGAGACCGUCUACCUCCUACGGACAAUCACAACAUCCAUAGCCAAGAGAAAAAUUUCUCUUUGGACGGGAUUC